CAAAUAAUUCAUAUUAUUCAUUAACCAAAUGCUUAAAAUGGCAAAAACUUUGCAAAUCCUAAGCACACUCUUUCUAUCCAUCUCAAUUAUAAUCAUCCUGAUCCAAGUCAAACCUGCUAAAGCAAGGAUUAACACGACAGAAUUCAUAAACGAGGUCCUAGAAGGGCAUAAUGCUGCAAGAAAAGCAGUAGGGGUCGCACCUCUGAAGUGGGAAAAUUUGCUUGCAAAAUAUGCACAGAUAUACUCGUCUAGGCAGAGGCGAAAGGACUGCAAACUGAUCCAUUCUACCAGUCCAUUCGGGGAAAAUUUGUUCUGGGGUUCAGGGAAACGAUGGACAGCAAAGGAUGCAGUCACAGCAUGGGUGGAUGAGAAGCAAUGGUUUGACUAUAGCAGCAACAGCUGUAGUAGUGGAUAUGAUUGUGGACACUACACCCAGGUUGUUUGGAAGCAAACCAUAUUGGUCGGAUGCUCCAAGAUUAUAUGUGACAGCGGCGAUUCAUUCAUAACCUGCGAGUACUAUCCUGCAGGAAAUUAUGUAGGGGAAAAGCCGUACUAGAAUCAUAAUUUACUUGCCUAAUGUCAGUGUCUUCGAUUACUCCGAAUGAGGAGCUUUAUGUUUCCAGUAAUACCUUAAAUUUGAUAGUGAUAUUAUGUUUGUGCCUUAAUAAUUUGUAUUAGCAUAUGUUGGGUAAUCAGUGAUAGAGGCUGAUACAAAUCAGACCCUCAGAGAGUUGUUCCUAUUUUCUGAAGUUCCUUCAGAGUGCUGUCAGAAAUAGGAGUAACAAAAGAGUCCUGAUUAAACAAUCAGCAAUAAUAAUAUUUCAUAUUUUGCUCUUUUUAGAAUGGAA